AUGGAUUCCAGGGUAUUCCAGGGUAUUCCAGGGUGGUCCCCAGGGUUCAUUGGAGGGGUAUACAGAUAUGUUAUCGGAUAUCCAGACAUUCGCAUAUUCAGGGUCUAUUUUACGCCGGGAGGAUCACGGAUUAAUUACAGAUUACCACUGAUUACCACUGGCUACCCGUUCUACUACUCCCGGUGGAAAUAUUCUGCUUCUAGAGCUUUCAGACACACCAUCUUACCUUCUGCGCCUGGUUGA